UCGAGGCUUCUGGUCAUUCUUCGUCUUCGUUUGCUGUGGUGUGGUCGACUUCGGAUGGUGUCUCCCUGAAGAAAGCUUCUAGUGCUGGUGGUCCUCUUCAGAGAUGGCCCACAGCAGGCCAAUCCGUACAUCUCAGGGUACGGACAUGUUGGAGUUCCUGCGUUUUCCAGACGCUAUCGAGUAUGAGCAGGUCAUCAAAAACUGCAACUUGAUGGCAAAGCCCAUAGGCACGAGGACUGUGACCAACAAGUGCUACAUUCUGCUAUGGAAGGCCACCUAUUUUUCAUCAUCAGUCUUUAUUGGCACAAGACAUGUACUCGACACGCUGCAAACCAUGAAAGAGGAGCCAGUACCUUGUUUGGUAAUGUUGGCAGCAGACACCUUCAUAGAUGCACCGAUGUUGGAAAUAGUAAGCAACUGCAAGCAAAGAGACAUACCUUACAUCUUCAUUCCUACCAAAUACGCCAUGCGAGAUGCCCUCAAUGUCGACAACGAAGUAUUGGCAGUUAUGAUCACAUUUAACCAUGAUCCUGGUAUGAGAAGAGAAUUCGAAGAUUGUUUCGUCAGCAUGAGAUCACAAUGCUUCAAAAAGAAGAAAAAGCAUAAGCGUGAACAUGGUGCCCAUUCAACAGCUUCUGCGACCGCACCUCCCGAAAUAGGACCUAGAGGUGAAAUGCCCCAGCAAGUUUCCACUGAGAGCUCCACAGUCCCAAUGGGUGAAAAUCCAGCAGCAGCUGGCAGCAGCUCUGGCUCAGAUUGGAAAACCAUCAGCACUGAUACAGAAUCCAGUGACUCAGAUUCUUCAGAACAUGGCUCAUCAAGAGACUUCAGCGUGAACGUACCUGAUGAAAGUGGAAGCAGCUUCCAAGAAUAUGUAAGAAUACCAUCACCGACACCUGCUCCAUCUCCAUCAGAAAUGGCUGCCCAACAGAAACUGGACGUACCGUCUACAGUUGAAGAAUCGUCUGCAGCUUGCUCCAGCGACGAAUCUGUGAGACCUGGACCCAGCAGAGAAUUCCUGAUACCGACCAUCAAACGACGCCAGCUCAGUCCCCAUAGACAGACCACUUGGCCGAUUCCAUUACCAUAUGCUCCCAAAGAAAAUUUGGACGAUGAAAGGAUCAGAAUGUACCUACAAACCAUUUGCAAGACGAAGAAGCUGCGCUUGAGAAGCAAGACAUCUUGUCCUCCCACUUGCAUCACACCAACUCCACCAUCCAGUCAAAGCUAUAUGCAGUACUCUAAUCAACCUUCAACUUCUACCCAGUCAACGUCUGCUCCAGAGCCUCCAGCUCAGCCAGAACCAAUCAUCGAUAUUGAUUCAGACGAUCUAACUUUCAGAUGGACCAUGGAUGACCUUUCAUCUACACCAAGUGAACAAACCAUAGAUUUGACAUCAAGUCCAACCAACGAUCCUGGAGUUCAUGAAAUAAGCAGCGAUGACGAUGUGCUUAUGAUCGAAGAGUCUUCCAAUAUUGAAAACGAAGGAGCUGCUGGAGAUGGAAACAUCUGCUCAGUCGACUUAACCACAUCAUGUUCUUCCGAAUCUAUUGUCAUUCCAGAUGCAACAACCGGCGAUGAAGACUCAUCCCAAUCCCAAAUAGUACCACCAUUGCUGUUGGAAGAACCUUCAGAAGGACCAUCCGAUACCACCUCUACUGCAGACAUGGAAUCUCCUCAAUCUCCUGAUUUGGACGAAUUUCGUGGUGCUCCAACCUCAGCUAGAUCAAGCAACACCGAGACGAGUUCAUCUUCUUCCGGUGAAAUUAUCAAUCUUCAACCAUCCUCCUCAUCUUCCUUGUUUGGAUCUGGAGAUUCACCAUCUGUUAUGUCUUUGGCUGAAGAAUUUUCCAAUGUUGACGCCUCCCAUUCCGAGACUAAUCUCCUUGCUGAUUUAGAGGACCCACCGCCUCCUGAUGAUGUGGGUAAUCCCCCAUCUGCUGAUGCACAAGAUGCACCUUCUACAUCUAGAGGUGAUGUGCCUGCCGUCCAUGCUACCUCCGGGGAAGUUGGAGACGCCGCUGUUAUACCUUCAGCAUCACGUGGAGCACUUGGAGCUGCUGGAGAAGGGGCUGCUAGAGUCGGAGAAGCAGCUGGCCGAGCUACAGAAGGGCCCAGUCGAAUGGGUUUUCCAUCAGCUUUUGGAGACGUAGGAAUUGGUGAUGGUAACACCUGGCCAAUGCGCCCACCACGCAAUCCUGAUGCAGCUAGAUAUCGCCAUAGAGUGACGGGAACCGGAGAAGGAAACCAAUCUCCGUUCAUGCCGUCCUCAAUGAGUUUUAUAUUCGCUCCGCGAAUAGUAUACACCGCUGCUGCUAGCGAUGAUGGACUCAGACGGCCACACCAGCUCCCAAGAGAAGAGGACCUCUUGGCGAUUAAUUUCCCAGUAGAUGAUGAUGAUGACGAAGAUGAAGAGGACGAUGAGGACGGCGAAUAUACAGGACGGCGCUCCGGUUCCCUAGAUGUGAAUCCUUCUGAUGAUUCAUCAGAAGAUGAAUCUGAGUUGAGCCCAGAACCACCAACUCCCUUCGAAUUAGCUGAAUAAUAAUUCAGGUGAGACUGCUGGAUAGGAUCUAGAAAUGUUUUCCUGUCACUUUCACUUAUCCCAUUAUCGAAUUUUA